AUUCAGAUCACCAUGCAACUCUCACCGCUAUAAAAAUCACCUCCAUCACUAUCAGGGUUCGCAAACAUCCCACAACUCUGUUUGACUGGCCAAGGUGAAAGUAAACCCUCUGAGAGCGCUUGUGUCAGCGGAGAUGUUGGCAGGUGCGUUAGUUCUGGGCACCAUCCUUACAGCUUUACCAGGNAUCCAGAGCAGGUGGAGUGUCUCAUUUUCUAGGAAGCAGAUCUGUGUGUGGGCAGGAACGACCGUCACUCUGCCCUGUCGAUAUGACUACCCAUCAGGUCACACUGUAAAGCGGGUCAUGUGGUUCUGUGUGUCUGCUGAGGGUCGCAGGGAGUUCACCCACCACACCGACCCAAACCAGAUCAGCCUGUCAUACCGCGGACGCACACGUUAUACUGGGGGUAGCUACUCCAGCUGUUCAGUCCAGAUUCGCGGUGUAAAGCUGAGUGAUGCAGGUCAGUAUCACUUCAGAUUUGAGACAGAUCAGCCCCUGGGGAGAUGGACCUCCCCGGACACCAUCACUCUGGAUGUAACAGACCUCCAGGUCCAGCUGCAUCCAGCCAGGCCUGGCAACAUGUUCGGCUUCGGAGAGACCGUGUUUGUGGGCUGCCAGGCCAGAGGAUGUGCUGCUCCAGGAAGGAGCCUUGCGCUCUACAGGAAUGGUCUAAACCUCGGCUCUUAUGAGAAAUGGAUGAUCGUUAACCGCUUUGACCAGCAGCAUGCCGGAGCAUACACCUGUCGACCGAUCCCACCCCAGAACGUACAGUCUCCAUCACUCUCACUGGCACUGGGACAUGGUCCUCGCUUCACCUCCAUCGCAGUCUUUCCAGUAGGAGAGGUGUCAGAGGGUAGCUCCGUCACUCACUCUCCAAAGAACACUCAUGUGCUGGUGAGUCCUCGAGGGGAUAUGAGAGAGGGCUCAUUUGCAAACCUGAGCUGCGUCAGCCACGCAAACCCUCCUGCCAACAGGUAUGCUUGGUAUCGUAUCAUUGGUGACCAGGUGAUUGCUAAAGGUGCCUUUCAGAACCUGACAUUGUCGUCUGUGCGUGCUCACCAUGCUGGUCAGUACUACUGCAGAGCUUCAAACGGAUUAGGAUACCAAACAUCACCUGUUGCUACUCUCACUGUGCUGUAUCCCCCUAAGAACACUUCAGUUCUGGCUCGUCCCUCCAGUGUUGUGGAUGCUGGCAGACCUUUGACCUUGACCUGCAGCAGUCAGGCGAACCCAGCAGUGGACAACUUCACAUGGCACCGAUUAGCUCUGGAUGGAGGGGCUGUGCAAUCUUGGGUCACCAAGUCUGGUCCUGUCUUUACCAUCUCUGAGGUUGGCCCGAGUGCAAGCGGUCAGUACUACUGUGAGGCCAGGAAUCGAAUUGGAGCCCACAGCUCUCCAGUCCUCACCGUAAGAGUCAGAGGUCGUUUAAAGGUCAUUGCCUUGGCCUCAGCAGUGGGUGUUUCUGCUGGACUCAUCACACUGACAGUGGCUGUUAUGAUCAGUAAAAACAUGCAUAGAGUAGACACAGAGUCAGUAGAAGUGACAAACAAGUGUCCAUCAGUGACAGCUGACACUAUGUUUUAUGAGUCAGCUGAACAUAUCUACCCAGCGAGGAAGGGCAAGAUGUCCGACAUACCGGAGGAGCCAGAGGAUUUGAGUGACAGCUCCCAUCCCUCCAUUGUUCCUCUGAAGGAUGCUCCACCAAUCACAGAAGGUCAAAGUUGCAGCCUUGCCUCCAACUACAUCACUGUGCACUACUCCAGGUUGUCCAGCACAGAUCAGGUGCAGGUGCACAACCGGCCACUGGGUGCUGAUAAAAAACCAAAGGAUUCCUCCAAAGUUGUUUACACUUUACUGCCCCAGCCUCGUCACUAACCAGGAGGAAGCAGCUUCAGCUGAAUGGCACAUCAGCUUUCCUCAUUUGAGCAAAUCACUUUGCUUCUGUCCACUCGAGGGACAAGAAACUCACCCUGGUGACACCGUACACCGUUUUGGAUCAGACACUCGGAUUGUGUCGCAUUAUGGAUUUACUAAGAGAGAAGCAUGUGUUCUUUCCAGGAGUCCAGCUCCUAACUUUCCUGCAUAUCUUCUCUGUUUCUUUCUGUGCACCUGAACAGCAAUAACACUGAAUGCCUUUUUGCUUGCACUCCACGUUGCAGGUUGCCAUAUUUCUAGUGUUGCCUGUUUGUUGAUACUUAACAGUGGAAUUUUUGAUGACCAAGUAUUAGCGGUUGCUACUUUAUCAUUUGCAGUGAUGAUUUGUAUGAAAAUAAGAGCUUGAUAUCUGAGGGAGAAAUCACGUAGAAUCAUUUUUGACAUGCAUAAAGGAUAUACAGCACUUCACAUUGAUGAGUUCCCGCACUGAUUGAUCUUCUCCACUAAAUUUAGAUGUCUGUG